GUUGAAUUUGUUUAAUUUUAGUGUUAUCGUGUCGCGUACUGGGAGUGGAUGUUUUGUUAAAGAUUUAAUAUAUUGUUUUAAGAUGUAAACAAAUGACGUGUAUGAAAAAACGGUAGACAUGUCGAAAUUUAAUUGUGUGAUUUUGUGUUUAGUGUUGUGUGUUGAGUGUGGUUUGUCAAAUACAUUUAACGAUUUGGUUACAAGUGAACAUGGCAGUGUGCAUUGUAACCACGAGCACCCGAAAGUAGAUGAUGUUAUACGGGGUGUUCAUAUAGAAGCUCCACAUAAAGUUAAGAAGAGAAGUAUCGACCAGCCGUUAAGAAUAAGUAUAUAUUAUGACCACUCUGUAUAUAGAUUAGAACCGGAGAAAUUCGACAUGAUAAAUAAUACAAUAUUACCGGAAGCGGUAAGGUUCUGGGAGGAUGCGUUGAAGGUCAGAAAGACUGCGGGACCGAUUAAGUUAAAUAGAAAAUGUCCGACGCGCCAAGUCUUCAUUAGAAGUGGAAGAUCCCAUUGUAUAGACGCGUGUAGUACGGAAACCAUGUGCGGAGAAGUUAGGGUACCAGAACGUCAUCUUAAUCCGUGUUACGUUUGCAACAGCACCGGCCAUAAUUGCAGAACGUUGCCCCGUGAGAAGGUCCACUUAGAAGACGAGGUUACAGCGACAGAAAUAUCAGGGAACGCACUGAAUUACGAUCCCGAAGUGACAGAAAAUAUCGCAGAAACAGAGACAGAAGAUUUUGAAGAAGAACCAAUCGGAGUUGAGAACACAGACUUUGUACUGUACGUCAGUGCGGUCGAAACUGAAAGGUGUAGACGUGGCUUAACCGUUGCCUACGCGUCGCACUGUCAACAGGAAUCUGCUUUAGACCGACCAGUAGCCGGUCACGCGAACUUCUGUCCCGGCGAAUUGUCGACCAAAUACCGCGACCUGCCCUCCGUCCUGUCGACUGUCAAACACGAAAUGCUUCACGCGUUGGGAUUCAGCGUGUCGCUCUUCGGAUUCUAUCGAGACGAAAAUGGCGAACCGCUUACGGAACGACGUCCAGACACGGGAAACCCACCUUUAGAUGAAGAGCUCCAAAUCCACAAAUGGUCCGACCGCGUUGUCAGAAAUAUAACGCGAAAGAACUGGAUGAUAAGAGAAGGUUAUAUUUCUAGAACAUUCCACAUGAUCGUUACUCCGAGGGUAGUUAAAGAGGUACGGGACCAUUUCAACUGUUCAACGCUUGAGGGAGCCGAGUUAGAAGAUCAAGGGGGCGAUGGCACGGCACUGACUCAUUGGGAGAAGAGAGUUUUUGAGAACGAAGCAAUGACUGGCACACACACACAGAACUCUGUGUUCAGUAGGGUAACGUUCGCAAUGAUGGAAGAUACGGGAUGGUAUCGAGCUGACUACACGCAUGCGGCGCCGCUCGACUGGGGCAAGGGCUUGGGCUGCAACUUCGCGAUGACCUCUUGCAAGCAGUGGCUGAACGCGCAAAGGUUUAGACGUAAAAAUCCGGCGCCAUUUUGCGAACGUGUCAAAGGCGAUCCGCUGCGUACUGAGUGUUCUCCGCGUCGAACGGCUGUCGUUCUGUGUAAUCUGGUCCGCCAUGACACUAUACUACCGAGACAAUAUCAGCAUUUCGACAGACUACCAAACGUACCCCCUGGAGACGAAGCUCACUACGGCGGUUCAGUGUCAUUGGCGGACUACUGCCCUUACUUGCAAGAGUUUACUUGGAAACACAAGAGCGUCCUAGUCAGGGGAAGUCGGUGCUCUUACGAGGAAAAUACGCCGAAAGCCGAUGUUAAUUUCGCAUUAGAGAACUACGGGCAGCACUCUAAAUGUUUUGACCACAGUGAUCGGGUCUGGGAGCAAAAGUCAUGCAGACAAAUAAGGGAGUGGCAACACUGGGGUUCGGGCUGCUACAAAUACAAGUGUGAAAGUGGCCGUAUACAUAUAAUUGUGGGCAAUUACACAUACACUUGCUAUUUCGCGGGACAAGUAUUGCAAGUGAGGAUUAUCCAAAAAGGCUGGUUACAUCGAGGGGGCGUUGUCUGCCCUCCCUGUAGAGAGCUGUGUGCUCAAGAAUUUGCGUCCCGCAAAGAAUAUUGCAAAGGGGGCGAAGAGGCCCCUCCACCGAAUUUAUACCCGAACGACGUCUUAGCGUGUCACGCGUCUACAAUUGAAACCACCGCCAUUUUCCUCGCAGCCGCCAUCUUAUGUACAUUUUUAAACUUAAUGUGACAGAAUGAAACGUAAAAAAAAGUGUGUUUUAUAGUGAAACAGACUGAAAGAAAUAAUAUUUAAAUCAAUUAAGGAUCGCAAUGGUUUGGACUUUAAUAUUUAUUUUGGAUUACCAAAUGACACUUCAGAAAGAAAACGCGUGACGUAAUGUCAUUACAUUUUGACAUUGACGUUUAUCUGUCAAAAUUUGACAAUGACAUUUGAAAACGGUAAAACUGUUUCGUCUUGUAGUUAAAUUAAAUUAAUAUUGUAGUUUAGUUUAUCGAUUUAAUUGGUUUCUUCGAAAUAUCUUAAACAAAUCUAAAUUAAUUGUAAUGCUUUAUUGAACAUAAUAUGACCUUGGUUCGUAAGUGUGGCUAAAAACGAUUUUAAUUUACACGUGCGUUUUGCAAAUGACAUUUUCUUAAAGAUUCUUAUAAUGUAAAUACAUCGCGACGCAUUUUUUAAGCGCUUAUAAGUAACGUCCCUCGUAAAACUUAAUUUUCUCUCAUUGAUUUCAAAACAAAUUUCUAAGUGUCUCAAACAUAAAACUUUUUACUUUAAAGAUUUUUACGUCUUAAUAUUGAUUACCUUGUCUGUAACUGUGUAUAAUUUACAUUGACGUCACUGAUGCAUGCCUUCAUUUCGGCACCGUCCCCAUUUUAGUAAACCGGUCUCCCUUUAUAUUAAACGAGAGAUACACUUCAGCCUUUUACUGGAAAUUUUAUUAAGGAUGUAAUUAUCUAAAAAAAAUGCUGUCUAAUUCUCGGUGAUAGAAUCAACGAAAUUAUUUCUGCCACAUGCAUGAUACACAUGUGGCAGAAAGAAUUUCGUUGAUAUUAGACACAUGCAGGUUUCCUCACGAUGUUUUCCUUCAUCGCCGAACACGAGAUGAAUUAUAAACACAAAUAAAGCACAUGAAAAUUCAGUGGCGCUUGCCCGGGUAACCGGCUAACCUAACCUAACCACUGGGCCAUCUCGGCUCGAUCUACUAUCACAUGUAGUCAAAUUCAAACUAAGCACUCAGAUUCAAAACAUAAAACAAAUUGUAACUUGCUCAAUCGUGCAACAGCGAAGAUUGACAAAAGAUAUUCCAUAAUAAUAGACAUGGCGAAUUAUAGGGGGUGCCGGACUAGACAGGAGUCUACUGAACAUCGAAACUGUGAAAUAAAAUUAACUUGCCUUAUCUCUUUUAAUAAACGAGACCAACAUUAAAAUACAGGGUUGGUACAUUAAAUUAAUCGUUGUCAAAAAUCAAAAUCAAAAUAUACUUUAUUCAAGUAGGCUUUUUGAAUCGUCAUUUAACAAACUAUAUUAAGUGAAGCUACCACCGGUUCGAAAUGUAGAUUCAACCGAGAAGAACCGGCAAGGAACUCAGUAGUUACUCUUUUUCAACAUCUAAAAAUACAGUCAUGUUAGUUAAAUACAUUUAUACAAUGGCCCCAAGUCACUUAAAGCCCUCAAACACUUAAUUAAAUAAUAUUAUUGACAGAAUGGGGGGGGGACAAUUUAAUGGAAUCUGCAUUAACAGAAGAGGGGACGUUCUAGUUUCUGAAUAUGUGAUUAAUAUUUCCCGGUACGUUAAAUAUAUAUACUAGUCGAACGAAUAAAAUCGAAAUUCAUUCAUUAGUAAGUUCAUACAAUACUUUGUAUUACUAUGUUUGAAGGGGGGGGGGGGAGCCAGUGUUCCAGGCUCACUCCCCCUUCAAACAUGGGACAUGUAUAUUUAAAGGUAUACUUGAUAGAGCAUUGGCGUUUUAAAAAACGGUUUACACUUUUAAAACGUCAAUGUCAGUGAUGUUUACUUGUUGGACGGCGAAGGCUUUAUCUGACCACGUUGGUAGAUUUUGUACAUGGAACUAAUUUUAACUAUAAAUAAUAUCUUAAUGCAGUAAGUCUAAACGCGUCCUAAUACUUUUUUUUCUACCGUCGUGAUUAGAAGACCAAUGCGGUUAUAGCUUUAGACCAGACGAGUUUAUUUAAUUUAAAAAAAAAAUAUAUUAUUAAUAUCAUAGAGCUUAUUUAGUCCGCUGAUCAGAAAUUGUGAUUUUGGGUUCGUUUGAGUUCAUAGAUAGUCUGGUCUGUUUAUGAUAAUGAGGUUAUAGUUCAUUUUAAUAGUUUUUUUUACAUAGCAAUGUACAUACUGUUUCUAUCGAACGAAUAAAGAUAUACAAACCUGUGAUUUACUAAUAGGGAUAUAUUGUACACUACAAACAGUCCUUGCUUAAUAUAUCUCUAGUUAUAAUACAACACUAUUACACUUAACUACUUAUAUACACUAUAAUUAUUUUGUUACCAACAUUCAGAACGCUAAUUUUCCUCGAACACACGCCCAUCACAGAUUGUUCUCGACCAAUGAUAUCGCGUCAAUUCAAGGUCAAAGUUGUUCUUUUGUCUCUACUCCUAUAAGAUAUAAAAUUUAAACAGAUUUUUUUUUUAAAUUUCGUAAAAAUUGUAUUUCAAUGAACUAUAAUUAUAUAUUAGUCUGUAUCUCUUAAUAUUAUUAUAAAUAAGUUUUUACUUAAAUGCCAUACUUUUAAUUUAUUGUCGUGUAAUCUUUCAGAAAUAUUUUCGUUUGAAGUAUGUACUUAUGACAUAAUUUUAUUAGAACUAAUCCUUUUCUAAAUGUUUAAUGUCACGCUGCGAGGAUUAGCGUCCCUGACAGAUCAGAUACACGAUCUAACUUUGGGUUUAUGACAUAAGGUUGUAUAAAUAUAUCACAAUAAUUUAAUUGCCUUACUAACGAAUCAAAUCAAUCGGAUAUCAAAAUAUUCAUUAUUUAAAUUCAUGAAAAAUUAUUUAUAAUAAUAAUAAUAUUUGUUAUAAAGAUUCAAUUAUAAAAAGCGCAGUGAGACACCCGAUGGAAGUUGUUUAAAUAAUGUUAUAUUAAACCUGAAAAAAAAGAGAGGGGAAGGUCGCCUGGAGGGGGCAUAACGCUUGUCCCUUACUUGACGAUUUCUGACAGUUCACUCUACUGUAAACCGCGUUAAAGAACUUCGAUCCAAAUACAAAUAUGUACAUAACGUAAACUAAAUAAAUAACCUUCU